AUGACCGACCAUUAUGACAUUAAAGGCAUCCCCGUUAAGGGAAGUGCUAUUCCUGAGCGGACUGAGUUCAAUACUUGGGCGACGAAUGACCCGGAGUCCAACAUCCAAGUUUCUCUCAUGAUUCGCGCACUCCAACGGUUUUACAAAAUCCCCAUCGAAGACAGAUUGUCGUACUUCCAGAUUGCUGGAAUUCAUGGAUACCCUGCCAUCUCUUGGGACGCCUCGCCAGAGCCUGCAGAGAAAUUGGGCAGAGAUGAUUCUGAUAAACCAAUAUAUGUUUACUGCACCCAUUCUACAAUCCGCUUCCCUACCUGGCAUCGCCCUUACAUGCUGCUCUUUGAGCAACGUGUUCACGAGCUUAUGUUAGAGGCCAUCGAUGCCCUGGAGUUCAAGCUACCAGGAGAGAAAGAGGAUUGGAUCGCUGAGGCCUACAAAUGGCGACUUCCAUAUUGGGACUGGGCUCGGAACCCACAGAUUCCAGACUUGUUCAAGGACCCGAUGAUCAAGAUCCGGCUUCCAAGAGCAGUGGACGGGUCUCUGCCUCCUGCCGAUCCAACUGUCAACCCGCUAUGGAGAUACGAAUGUCUCGUGGACGAGAAACCAACUCCAAUGGGCGAGUUGCCUGCUCCUUAUGCAAUAAAAAACGUUCGAUACGAUAGAGGUCCGGAAGAUUUCUAUCCAUGGGCAGAAUGCUCUGGAACAAGCAGAUGGUCCGUGGGAAAGCAGGAUUAUGAUUGGAAAGCAGGAUAUAACUAUUGGCAAGGUACAGAUUCAGCACUAAGAGCUCAUGAUUAUUACACACCUGGAGUGAGGUCAAACCCACCGAUUCCGGGAAAAGAAUCUAUAUCAGACCUCGUCUACCGAAUGAUGACAACAGACUACUUUGGUUCCUGGCGAACGUUCUCAACCACCAAGUAUACACCAAAGCAAACUCAAGAUUGGACAAGCUACUUGUCUCUCGAAUACAUCCACAACAAUUUACACGGAUUCAUCGGCGGAGGUGAUACCAAGUCCCAAGGCUUUGGGCAUAUGGAGAGUGUUCCGGUCGCGUCCUUUGAUCCAAUUUUCUACUUCCACCAUUGCAAUAUUGAUCGACAAUUAGCCAUAUGGCAGACUCUCCACCCCAACAACUGGUUUGACGGUUCAGAUGUUCAUGAUCCAAAAUCGAGCGACCCACUCUUUCCUUUUUGGCACCGAGAUGAAAACAGUGAAUGGAGGCCUUACACCUCAAAUGAUAUUCAAGCCUGGACUAAACUCGGAUACCAAUAUGAUGUUCUAGCACGGCGGUCGGAUGAAGACAAAGACGAUGACAAAUAUCUUGACAGAAUCAAAGCGUACGUUGAUAGCUACAAGAGCACCAGCAAUGCCAUUUUGAACUCGAAACGAAGCAUUUUUGGGAACGCCAAACUUGCUCCAGAUACAUAUCCAGACUACAUUGUCGAUGUGCUAUACGACCGACAUGGGAAUAACGGCUACCCGUACUACAUCUACUUCUUCCUCGGACGUGUUGCGGAUGCCGACGUCAUGGGUUCAGAGAGUCUCGCCGCCGCUCAUCCUCAGCAUGUUGGGACUAUAUAUACAUUCAGCAGUAGUUAUGAACAGGGUGAAUGUGCCAACUGCGACAAACAGAAAGCAGAAGAAGACCUGUGCACGGCACAGAUUGCGCUCACAUCGACUCUGAUUAUGCAUGCAAAAGACACGUCAAUUCCACAGUUCAACACAAUUGACCUCGAUAGCGUCACAGCAUACCUAAGCGAAAACCUGACAUGGAAGGCCGUCUCCGUUAACGGACAGAUCAUACCCGCGGCGGACUUGCCCAGCACGAAAGUGUUUGUUCUUCACGGCAAAGGGCAGCAUUUCCCGGAGCCAGAGAAGCUGUCAGAGUACUCGGACUAUCAACCGUUGCCACAGGCCACGGAAGGGAAGGACUGGGGAGCGGCACACCACGAGUACUAGCUUUUGAUGCAUUUGAGCUCGACCAAGCCGUACGGAUGGUCUCACUCUCGUUGAGGUUAGCGAGAGCAACACACUGAGGACGGAUUGUUGGGUUGGGUGGCAAAUUUCAUGCAAGGAUAAACACUCCCUGAAGUUCUUGAUGUGACGAUGCGAACGCGUGAUCUCUUUCUAAAUAUUCACUGGGGUAACAUCUAUAAUGAGAAUGAAG